CCACCCAACCCUCCUCCAAACCAAACCUCUGCCUUUUCCGACCUGUACCAACGGCCUCAAUCGACUGUCUCUUUCGUCCAAAAUGGAUCCUCCCGUUCUUUGUACAAUCUGCGGUUCCCCCAAUGCUCGCCGCUGUGCCGUUUGCCUUUCGGCCGCCUACUGCUCUCUAGAGUGUCAGCAAACCGACUGGCGAACCCAUCGGCUUCUUUGCCGCAAGUUCGCGGCAUGUGCUCAAGAUAGCUUUGCCACUCGCCCUUCCCCCAAGCACUACCUCGCCAUUCUCUUUCCCAUGACGGAGAAGCGGCCGUCCCUUGUGUGGGUGGAUUCCAAGAAGGACGAAUACGAGGUUAGGGACUACUUCCACCCAGUUCUCAACCACCUCUUGCAUAUCCCCGGCAACGACUACAUCGGCCGUGGCCUACGCCAAGUUAAGGGCAAUGUCCUUCGUGGAAGGAACAACAACCAGGAUACCCUACACAUAUGGUUCCUAGAUCCAGACGUCACGCCCCGCAACAUCAUAACCAAUCAAGCUAUCCAUGGUACAUUCCCAACCCUGAUUGGAGAUACCUGGGGCGAGUUCAUCUGGAAGGGUCCGAUUGUUGCAGUGAUGAGGGCUGGAUCCGACUUUGAACCUCGCCGCUCCACCGACAUCACCCUCACAGCCUACCGUGAUGCCAUCGACUACCUGGGUUACUACGUUGAUACAGUUGGGAGCAUGAUCGACGAACCUGGUCGGCACUACCAUCUUUCCAAGCGCGUGCUAGCCGACAGGACUUCCAAGGCUAUUGGUGUCCGAAUCAACUGUCGCCGUGACCAGGCCAAUCGACAUGAGCCACAGAUGGUUGAGGUGGCCGUACCCAAGACACAUCCUCUGUUUAACCUUGAGGGCGACGACCCAUGUGACAUCCCUUCACUUUUUGGCCUGGAAUUGGUUGCAAAGGCAUACGGCGGCACCCCUCGCAACGAGGAUAACGACCCGCCGCCUGAUGACCUGGAGAACCCUCUAGCCCAGCUCCUCCUGACGGCGACCUCUGUCAAGAACGGAGAAUGGGUUCGUUUGCCAAGUUACCGGCGUCAUCUGUGUCUUGGCAGCAUCCUUUUCGUCCGCAGGUCUAAGCGAGAUCUGAAGAUAAAGGAUAUUAACGCACUCUGCAACCUGAUCGAAGAAUUUGCGGUGCCGUUUAUGUUGAAGGAGGAUGCAUCCGACCCCAGUGCGAAGAAAAGGUUGUUAGACCAACUUGAACAGGAGGGUUCUAGACGUAGCAUCGAAUAUUAGGCUUUACUUUACUCUGCAUUGAUGGGCAAUCAAUCAAGUAGACAUCCCCAGGAUAGAGGCCCCCGACGCUUGUAAGGUGGCAUAAAACGCACGAAAUAAUCAUCACUACUUGAUAAACCCCUCCCCUCUGGUAAUCAAUAAAUGCUAUUUCCCAC